AGCCGGGGCGGGGCGGUCCCUGCGGCAGCGGCUCUGCCCGGCUCCGCCGGUGCGGGUUGCUCCGCCGUUCCCCGGCGGAGCUGGAGCUCAACCGGCCAUGGGCGGCGGGGGAACGGUCGGAGCGAUGCGGGGCUCGCCGCCCCUCUAGGCUCGCCGUGGGAGAGGUCUGUUCUUUUUCUUACGAUGGAAAGGCUGGUUGUCUAUCUACUGGUUAUUAGCACAGCUGUGAAGGCCAUGAUGUGUCCCAAAAGAUGCAUGUGUCAAAACCUGUCUCCAUCCUUCACGAUUCUCUGUACGAAGACGGGGCUCCUCUUUGUGCCCCCCAGUAUUGACAGGAGAACCGCAGAACUAAGGUUAAUGGACAACUUUAUCACUACACUUAGGAGAAAAGAUUUUGCAAACAUGACUAACCUAAUUCAUUUGACACUGUCGAGGAAUACAAUAAGUCAAAUCAUGCCUUACGCAUUUUUUGAUCUUAAAGGCCUUCACGCCUUACACUUGGAUAGUAAUAGACUGACUUACAUCAAUGAAGAUCAUUUCAAAGGUUUAAUUAACCUUCGGCAUUUAAUACUCAGUAACAAUCAGUUAAACUAUAUCUCUCCCGGGUCAUUGGAUGACUUUAUUGAAACAAUUGAAGACCUGGAUCUGUCCUACAACAAUCUCGUUAACGUUCCUUGGGAAACAAUUGCCAAACUUUCCAAUGUCAAUACGGUCAGUUUGGAUCAUAAUCUCAUUGAGUUUGUGCCAGAGGGAAUCUUCUCAAACCUUCACAAACUUGCCCGCCUAGACAUGACCUCCAACAAGUUGAAAAAGAUCCCUCCUGAUCCUUUGUUUUCCAGAAUACCCGUGUACGCCAAGUCUAAAGGAUCUCCGCUGUCGUCCCUGGUGCUCAGCUUCGGAGGGAAUCCUUUGCACUGCAACUGCGAACUCGUGUGGCUGAGACGUCUCACCAGAGAAGACGAUCUCGAAACCUGCGCCUCCCCGCCAGAGCUGAUGGGCAAAUACUUUUGGUCUAUUAAAGAGGAGGAAUUUGUCUGCGAACCCCCGAUGAUAACGCACCGAACCCCGAAGCUAACAGUGACAGAAGGCCAAAGCGUCUCUUUGAAGUGUAAAGCUGUUGGCGAUCCAGAUCCCUACGUUCGCUGGAUCUCACCCGAUGGGAAGCUGGUCUCCAACACCUCUAGGACGAUUUCCUAUGAGAAUGGUACUCUGGAUAUUUUGGUUACUUCUUUGACUGACAAGGGCACAUUUACCUGUAUAGCAUCAAACGCUGCGGGAGAGUCGACGGCUCCAGUCGAACUCCUCGUUACCCCGUACCCUAACCUCGCCAACAGCACCAACUGCGAUAAAGAUGCGGAGCCCGGCCCCUCAGACAUUCUCAUAUCAGCCAAGUCAAGCUUUCCAAAUGAAACAAAGGCUCAGCAAGAGAAGGUGGUCGUGGUCGCUGAGCUGACGUCGUCCUCUGCUCUUAUCCAGUGGCCUUCUCAGCAUCACCUCCCUGGGAUCCGAAUGUACCAGAUUCAGUAUAACAGUUCUGCUGACGACAUUCUAGUGUACAGGAUGAUUCCAGCUGCUAGUAAAUCCUUCUUCUUGACUGAUCUGGUUGCAGGACGUGAGUACGACCUCUGUGUUCUUGCUGUUUAUGAUGAUGGAUUGACAUCUUUGACCGCAACCAGAGUGAUCGGAUGCGUGCAGUUCACAACCCAGGAAGAAUACAAACAGUGCCGAUCCCUUCACGCGCAGUUUCUUGGAGGAACCAUGAUCAUCAUUAUUGGGGGUAUCAUUGUGGCUUCAGUUCUUGUUUUCAUCUUCAUCCUCCUCAUGAAAUAUAAAGUCUACAACAACCACCACAAAAAUAAACCUGCUAAAGUUAAUAAUGUCUGCUCCCAAACCAAUGGAAGCCAAAGUGGUUCGAUGGCUCGAUCCACUUCUAAACUUUCAGAGAGGCGGGAAAGUUUGCACCAGGAAUGCUCGGGCUCUUCCAUCAAAGGAAAAACUGUUGUAGAUUUGGAUUGCGAAAAAGUGACUCCAACCAACACAACCUUUUUAACAACCGAUGCGUUAUCUUAAUGGCCAUGUGAUGGAACAGGACACACCAAGGUGGUAUUGCUUGAAACAUUUUAAUGCGAGUGGUUGUAUUUUAAGCUUCACUACUAUUGUCUAUUUUUAAGAUCAGAUGGUUUAAAAAAUAUUUUUUUAAUCUGUAUACAGUUCUUGCAUUCUUAACUAUUUUGUUUCAAUAUAUUAAAUAUAAGUGUGUGAUU